AUGAACGAUACAAGUAAUUUCACUACACACACUGUGCAUGACAAGUCAGCUGCAGCCAUGGCUUUACCUGUAUUUAUGUUUGCAGUUGGUGUCAUUGGAAAUACAAUAGCAAUAGGCGCUCUAUCUGGAUCUAAGCAAGGGCGCAAGCCGUCCGCGUUCUUCGCCUUAGUUUGCGGUUUGGCUGUCACCGAUCUUCUUGGGACUUGUCUGGCCAGCCCAAUCACCAUAGCCACUUACCUCGAUAAAAAUGUACUCUAUGACCGUCAUCUUUGUGAAUUCCAUUCAUUUUUGUUGCUGUUCUUCGGAGUGGCAGGACUAAGUAUUAUAUGCGCAAUGUCUGUUGAGCGCUACCUCGCAAUAUGCUGCCCUUACACAUACCAAAGAUGGGGAAUUGGCCAACAGUUUGCGCGCAAGUGCUUGUUUUGCAUUUAUCUCAGCAACAUUCUAUUUUGUUGUCUUCCAGUGAUGGGUAUGACUGAAAGCAUGAGCCAGCCCUCCAAAACCUGGUGCUUCAUCAACUGGAUGGCUCAUGAGCCGUUGUCUGCAGCCUAUUCGUUUUUAUAUGCAAGUGUGAGUUUUCUACUCAUAUUGAUGACGAUAGUCCUCAACUUUGCAGUUUGUGGCACUCUAUUGAUAAUGCAUCGCAGGAAAAUCCAACGUCCAGUUACUAGAGGGAGCACACGGGCGCAUUGGACAGCGCUUUCCUCCGGCGUGGAAGCCCAAAUGAUGACGGUGCUCGUGGUGACCUCGAUGGUUGUUUUAGGUUGCUCAGCGCCGCUGGUGGUACGCGUAUUUGCUAACCAGAUAUCACGGGAAGAUAAUUCCCAUGCAGAUUUGAAGGCUAUACGGAUUGCCGCCGUCAACGCCAUCCUUGACCCUUGGAUCUACAUUUUGCUGAGAAGGACUCUGUUCAGUAAGAUUCGGAGAUUAUCUAAACGGGUUUACAGUGGUCGAAAAGGCAAAGAACCCAUGUUGCCAGUCAAAUCCUCACAAAGGACUUUCCAAUUCCAAACAAACACCCAUGACUUGCCUAGUUAA